CCAUGGGGCUCAGCGUCCUCCUCCUCCUGGCUGUCCUCACGGGACUCCUGAUUCUCAUGACCAGAGGCCAGCCGAAGCACAGGCGCCUCCCGCCGGGCCCCCGGCCUCUGCCCUUGUUGGGGAACCUCUUGCAGAUGGAUAGAAAAGGCCUCCUCAAAUCCUUCCUGAAGCUCCGAGACAAAUACGGCGACGUCUUCAUGGUGUAUCUGGGGCCCAGGCCGGUGGUCAUGCUGUGUGGGACAGAAGCCAUCCGGGAGGCCCUGGUGGACAAUGCUGAUUGCUUCUCUGGCCGAGGGAAAAUCGCCAUGAUUGAACCAAUCUUCCAGGAUUAUGGCGUGGUCUUUUCUAACGGGGAGCGUUGGAAGGUCCUCCGUCGAUUCUCUCUGGCCACCAUGAAGGACUUCGGGAUGGGAAAGCGGAACGUGGAGGAGCGGAUCCAGGAGGAGGCUCAGUGCCUGGUCAAGGAGCUGCACAAGACCAAGGGAGCCCUCCUGGACCCCAUCUUCUACUUCCACUCCAUCACUGCCAACAUCAUCUGCUCCAUCGUCUUUGGAAAGCGCUUUGACUACGAAGACCCCGAGUUCCUGAGGCUGCUGGACUUGUUCUACAGAUCCUUUGCGCUCAUCAGCUCCUUGCCGGGCCAGCUGUUCGAGCUCUUCUCCGACUUCUUGAAGUACUUCCCUGGCACACACAGGACCGUGUACAACCAUCUGCAGGAGAUCAACGCCUUCAUUUGCCGGAGUGUGGAGAAGCACCGGGAAACCCUGGACCCCAGUGACCCCAGGGACUUCAUAGACACCUAUCUGCUCCGCAUGGAAAAGGAGAAGUCCAACCCCAAGAGCGAGUUCCACCAGAAGAACCUCAUCAUCACCUUGCUGUCGCUCUUCUUUGCCGGCACAGAGACCACCAGCACUACCCUGCGCUACGGAUUCCUGCUAAUGCUCAAAUAUCCCCAUGUCAGAGAGAGAGUCCAAAAGGAGAUUGAUCAGGUGAUUGGCUCAAAUCGCUCUCCAAACCUCAACGACCGAGCCAAAAUGCCUUACACUGACGCAGUCAUCCAUGAGGUUCAGAGAUUCGGAGACCUCCUUCCCAUUGGUGUGCCCCAUAUAGUCACCCAGGACACUCACUUCCGAGGGUACAUCAUCCCCAAGGGCACCGAAGUAUUUCCCAUCCUGAACUCUGCUCUUAAUGACCCACGGUAUUUUGAGAAACCAGAAGUCUUCAACCCUGACCACUUUCUGGAUGCCAAUGGGGAACUGAAGAAGACUGAUGCUUUUAUGCCCUUCUCUAUAGGGAAGCGUGUUUGUCUUGGCGAAGGCAUCGCUCGCACAGAACUGUUCCUCUUCUUCACCACCAUCCUGCAGAACUUCACUGUGGACGGCCCCGUGGCCCCCGAGGACAUCGACCUCACCCCCAAAGAGUGUGGUGUGGGCAAACUGCCCCCAAUUUACCAGAUCCGCUUCAUGCCCCGCUAAGAGAGCUGGGGUGGGGGCCUGGAUUCUGGUUCAUUACGUGUCCUCACCUCUGCAGCAAAGGCUUCCGACUCGCCCAUGUCUCCCUUCCUGAGAGAUCUGCAGGAAGCCACUGUCCUCCCCUCCUCGGUCACCUCCUCCAUGGGGCAGUCCUCUCUGUAGUCUCCCCUCUUUCAUCAUGCUGCAGCUCCCUAGCGGCUCAAGAAAAGUUGCUGCUAGAAUUCCAGGAGCGGCGUCUGUGCAGACUGAGGGCUAAGGGAACCGGGCUGUGGCUCUCUGCGGUUGCUUCUCCCUUCCAGGCUUCAGCUCAUCUUGGGCAGCCUCGCUUUCCUCAGAGCCGUCACAGCUUCCUGUAUCAACUCCGGAACUGUCCGGAGAUGAUCCCUCUUGAAUCAUCCUCGGAACAGCAUGUGUGCGUGUGUGCAUGCGUGCAUGUGUGUAGAGUGCAUGCACGUGUGUGAUGAGCAGGCCCAUUCUGCAGGUGCAUGAACAGAGGCUGGGACAGGGCAUCAGUUGUUGGCGGUCACAUGGCUUACGUGGGAGCAGCGAGAGGCACAGUCUGUCUGCCUGGCUCCAGAACUCAGUCUCUCCACUGCUCCUCCCUGACUUCCACGCCCUUCAGAAAUUUUUGAAUGAAGGUGGAAUUCACACAAAUACCCUAAAACGUUAGCGCCUUAUGGAGAGAUGAGUGACAUUUAUUUCUUGCUGUUGUGCCAUCACCACUAUCUCGGUCCAAAUACUUUCCUGUCCCCAGAAGCAAGCUCCCCCCACUUCGAGUCACUCCCCAGUCCCUCUUCCUCUCCCCCCUGGAAAAUACCACCUGUUCUGUCUCCAUGAAUGGCCCCUUUGGGAUAUUUCCUAGAAAUAAAAUCUCAUA